AUGCUCCAAAUCGCACGCUUCGAGGAGGACGGAGAAGGUGAAGAAAAAAAUUUUGGUACACAACAAUCCAAGUACCAUGAUCCAAGAACGUUCAAGAUGACACCUGCAAUGAUCAGGGCCAGAAGACCGUUCUUCUGGAAGAACGCUGCCACGUUUGCUGUUUUGUCGACCAUAACGGUCUCCAUCUACGCUUAUACCUACAGUUUCCUCGGCAAGGAUGAUUUCAGCGAUGUUCCAAUCCCUCCAAUCACGGAGGAAGAGCUCACAAAGUUGAAGAAGGAGUACAUGGCAGAACAAGCUGCAAACAAGAAGUGA